AUGCUUGUCGUCCUCGCUACUGCUCUAUUGGCCCUGAGCGGCAGCUUGGUGAGUGCCCACGGUUCUCACCCCGACCAGCCGCCCUCGUCGGAUUGGGCCACCCGGCAUAUGCAAGAGGAGCAUCACAUUGAUGCCUUCGAUGCUGCUUCCUUCUUCUCCCUUCACGACUAUGAUGAAUCCGGGGCAUGGACUCCCGAGGAAGUGCGCAAGACAUACGGCAUGGACGAUGAGACGAAUGCAGGUGCCACAGAGGAUCGCAAGAGCCAAGCCUUGAGAGAGGUGUUCACGCUCUUCGACCCCACGAAUACUGGCUUCAUCACCCGCGACAAUUGGAUGCGCAUCAUCGCCGAGGGCACUCGGCUGCCCGAUCUGGGAUUCGGUCCGGGCCACCACGGCGACAUUGAGUAUGAGUACGAGAUCCACCACUUCGAGAAGUACCAUGGCGAAGAUGCGACAGAGGAGGAGCUCACCCACCCCGAAGACAUUGAGCACUUCCGGCGGCACGACGAGGAAGAUCUGGCGAUGGAGCGUCUCGAGCAGCUCGAGAGCAUGCAGAUCGUCGAGGCCAACAUACCGCAGAAGUUCCUCAAGCAAGCUUAG